CACCUCUCUCAACAAAUGCUUUUUGGAUGAAGGCCCUGAUCUUGAGACUUCCGUGGCCUCGAGGAACCACACCGGUGCCCAAUCCGUUGCGAAAUUUUAUCCCCGCAGCCACCACGACCACUCCGGCCGCCUCGCUCGCGUCUGUCCCUCCCUCCAACCACCCCACUUUCCGACCUCGCAACCAAUUUCUUUCGCCGUCCUACCACACCAAAAGCGCCGACGACAAAAUGCCGAAAGAUAAAGUGACAUUCAACCUCAAGACCCCCAAGGGCACGAAGGACUGGGCUGGUCCUGACGCCCUCCUCCGCGACCGCAUUUUCUCUACCAUCACCAACGUCUUCAAGCGUCACGGCGGCACCGCGCUGGACACCCCCGUCUUCGAGCUGCGCGAGAUACUGGCGGGCAAGUAUGGUGAGGACUCGAAGUUGAUCUAUGACCUACAGGAUCAGGGCGGGGAGCUGUGCUCCCUUCGGUACGAUCUGACGGUUCCCUUCGCGCGAUGGCUGGCGAUGAAUCCGGACGUGCGCAGUAUAAAACGAUACCAUAUCGCCAAGGUGUAUCGGCGUGACCAACCCGCGAUGACCAAGGGCCGUAUGAGAGAGUUUUAUCAGUGCGAUUUUGACAUUGCAGGCGCGAAUUUUGAUGCUAUGGUUCCUGAUGCGGAGAUUUUGCGCAUCAUAUCGGAGGUGUUCGAGGACUUGGGAUGGAAAGGGAACUACCUGAUUAAGAUCAAUCAUCGCAAGAUUCUUGACGGAGUGUUCGAGGUUUGUGGCGUGCCGAAAGAGAAGAUAAGGACUAUCUCCAGCGCGGUGGACAAAUUGGAUAAGCUCCCCUGGGCCGAUGUGCGCAAGGAAAUGGUUGAUGAGAAGGGACUGGAUCCGGCAGUGGCUGAUAAGAUUGAGACAUAUGUUGUUCGAAAAGGAGGUAGAGAGCUACUAGACUCGUUGAAGUCUGACGAAAUGCUCGUGGGGAAUUCGUCUGCGAAGACUGGGCUAGAGGAGAUGGGGCUACUCAUGGAUUAUCUCCAAACCUUUAACAUUUUGGACAAGAUAUCAUUCGAUAUGAGUCUGGCACGAGGGCUGGAUUAUUAUACUGGUGUCAUUUAUGAAGUUGUCACAGAAGGAUCUGCUCCUGCUACCACAUCUUCGGCGCCAGAAGCGCAAAAAAUACAACGCUCAGGGAAAAAGGAAAAGAUCAAGGUAGAUGCUGACGAAGAUCGAUCGAAUGAUCCAUCUGUAGGCGUUGGUAGCGUUGCAGCAGGAGGUCGUUACGACGAGUUAGUCGGCAUGUUCUCGAGCAAGGCUCAAAUACCCUGUGUUGGCAUUUCAUUCGGUGUUGACCGAAUAUUCUCCAUCACAAAGGCUCGUAUGGAGCGUGAAAAGAGUGAGGCUCUCAGAAGCAGUGAGGUGGACGUUUACGUUAUGGCUUUCGGAGGAAAAGGAUUCACUGGCUUGUUAAAGGAGAGAAUGGAUAUUUGCAGGAUGCUAUGGGACGCUGGCAUUAAGGCCGAGUUCUCCUACAAAGUCAAGCCAAAGCUUCCUCAACAAUUCAAAGCUGCUGAAUCUGGCAGCGUUCCCUUCGCUGUCAUUCUUGGCGAAGACGAGCUUGCAGCUGGCGAGGGCCGAAUCAAAGAGAUGGGUCUGCCGGAGGGCCAUCCGGAGAAAGAUGGCGUACUUGUUAAAAUAGCGGCGCUUCCGACGGAAGUCAAGACCAGGCUCGAAAGAAGGAACGCCAAAGUGAAUGGGGGUAUUAAUGAAGAGGCUGUAGCGAAGCAAGUGGAAGAUUUGGAAGUUUCAUGAAAAGGGAAUGCUGCAAAACAAUGCAUCUCUUUGAACUAUCUGGGCAUCUAGCGUUUAUUGUCCGGGAGAUGUUGGAGCAGGAACACAUUACAAGUGGGUUUAUUUUUAUAUUUUUAUUUUUUUUAAGAAAGAUAGACUUACGGAUAAUCCGUGGCUUCAAUUCUAAUGUUUCGGGGCUUUCGUCAUGGUCCACAGAGGGAAGUUUAUGCUUAAAAACUGAUAUGCAAUCCUUGGAGUAUAGACUAGAGCAAAG